AUGCUUUCGCAUGAUUGUAAGAACCUGUCGGACGUGGUACCUGUGAACCUCAACGUCCGACUUUCCAUUCAUAGCCCGACUAAGAAUGAAAACGUCAUCGAAAUAACUCGCCAUUCCCAGAGCAUGCCGCUAGGCGUGCUCACUGCGGUAUAG